AUGCGUGAACAGCUCUUCCUUCGCCAGCGUACCUCCGGCUAUGCUUAUGCUUUCUUCCAACUUGGGUAUGCUGAGAGACGCAGUGACUCAUCGGACCAUAUUUCUCAAAAACAUCAUGGUGAACCGCGGUCACCGGCCGUCGUCUUUGAUGGAAAGCUCAGCUACGCAGCUUUGGGGCCUAAUAAGGAAUGCUCCCAAUCGAUCAGCGAAGAGACCCUUCUUUGA